AUGGAACCCAGCUCCCUGCUACAGGGAGGGGAUAAUGAACCCCCACACCAAGACCUGCAGCCAACCCCCUUUCCAAAGCCACAUCAGACACCCCCCUCCCCUGCCGCCGCCCCUCUUAUAAGUAAGCAGAGUGCCACUUGGGAGAACAGAGGCUGCAUCUUCUCUGAUCCUUGCCGCCUACCCUUGGGCUCUGACACAUAAGAAUCAGUGAACCAGGAAUCGUCCAAUCGUCCUCACACCAACUAAGAGCUGGGCCCCCGACCUGGAAGCCUUUGCCAAAGCCUAUGCAGCGAAGUGCAUCUGGGGCCACAACAAGGAGCGGGGCCGGCGGGGUGAGAACCUCUUUGCCAUUACAGACGAGAUGGACGUGGAAGUGGCCUUGGAGCAGUGGUACACCGAGCACGAGCAUUACAACCUGACCACGUCCAAGUGCACCGUAGGACAGAUGUGUGGCCACUACACCCAGGUGGUCUGGGCAAACAGUGAGCGGGUUGGCUGUGGGAUGCAGUUCUGUAAAACCCUGCAUGGCGUCGAAGACUCUGACCUCUACCUGCUGGUCUGCAACUACGAUCCCCCUGGCAACGUGAGGGGUCGCAAGCCGUACAAGGAAGGACCUCCGUGCUCCAAGUGCCCCGAGGGCUAUACGUGCAGGAAUUCAAUCUGCGAACCCAGUGUAGACUCAGAAGAGGCCUCUACAUCCUCUAGGACAACAAGGCCAAACCUCACCACUAGGCCAGCUCUCGCCACUGACACCACCACCACGAGCCCAACCACCACCACUGCCAUAAGGCCAGCACCCACCACCACGAGCCCGACCACCACCACUAGCCUAAGGCCAGCACCCACCACCACGAGCCCGACUACUACCACUAGCAUAAGGCCAGCACCCACCACCACGAGCCCGACUACUACCACUAGCAUAAGGCCAGCACCCACCACCACGAGCCCGACUACCACCACUAGCAUAAGGCCAGCACCCACCACCACGAGCCCGACCACCACCACUACCAUAAGGCCAGCACCCACCACCACGAGCCUGACCACCACUACUACCAUAAGGCCAGCACCCACCACCACCACAAAAAGGCCGAAUCCCACCACAAGGCCAGCACCUGCCAGCACCACCAUGAACAGAAGCCCACCACCCACCCGAACAGCAAGGCCCCACCCCACCAAGGCUACUGAGCCAACAUCCUCCGUAGAGCCCACCUCAGACCUGGACCUUAAAACAUCUCCAGAAAUGCAAGUGGACUCUGAGGAGACUGGUGCCCCAUUGGUGACCAUGGAGGCUGUGCUCUCGCUAGACCUGGAGUCAACCCUCAGCCCGACUGCCUCUCCAGAAAUGGAGGGAGACUUGAAGGAGUCUGAUGCAGCCUCCGUGAGAGCUGAGCCAGCCCUCUCCUCAGAGCCACCUCCAUCCUUCAGCCUUACGACUCCAGAAACCGAUCUGAGCUUGGACGAUACCAAGCAGCCCCCACCUGCCCUAAAGCCAACACCCGCCACUGCUAAGGUGACCUCCCUCCUGCACUUAUUACCACCUUCCAAGGCCGCAGGGAGACACAGCCUCACUGUCCAGUCCGCCCUGUCAGGUGCCAGAGAGACCGAAGAGCUGAUGACGGGCCCCACAAAGAAAGACUUGGACCAGCUCAAUGGUUCAGCCACCAGCAACUUUCUGGAGUUCUCUCUGUUCCUACUGGCCGCGCCCCUGCUGACAGGCCUUCUCCUCUGAAGGGUCUGCCUCAGCCCCCUGUGCUCCUAUCCUCAAACUCUCCUCCAGUACUGAUUGUCCCCCUGCUCUGCUGCAUGUGGGGCAUAUCAAUCAGGUGAAGACCCCCUACUGGGCCUUCUUGCCGCUGGCUAAGUCCACUCCAAUCCAGCUAUACUCAGUGGUGCCUGGCAAACCGCAGUGGCCAUUCUGUUAUGCUAGCACUGCGGAGACCCCACUAUCCCUGGAUACCAAUAUAAGGGGGGUAGCUAAGUUUUAAGUGCCCAGCUCAUCUGUCGAAGGGGCAGGAGCAGCUGGGUGAAGAGAGGGGAAAUUCCUUGGUGCCUCUUCCUCCCCGAGCUCUAACUCUAACCUGAAGCUCCAUAAUUCCUACUCCAGUCUGACUCAGAGAUGGGACUCCUUCAUACUGAAGAUCCUGGAUCCCCACCAGUCUGGAGGCUCAGAGCUUCAUGGCCCUCCUCCUCACUGGAAACGAUGAAUGAUCUACUAUCCUUGUAGGACUGUGAGGUCCUUUCCUACAAAUCCUAUAUGAAAGGAAGUGCAGAGACAUGGAUGGUACAACCCUAUCUAAACUCCUCUCGCUUCCUCCACCAACUAUGUCUACAGUGCACAUGCCCCUUCAGGAGAGCCAGGAAAUGAACCCUGCUCAUCAGUUUUGCUCGGUCCAUUGCAUGCAUCCCAUUCCAGAGUUACUCCAUGUGGCAAGGCUCUUAUUUUGUUGUGCAUGGGGAAAAAAUACUUCUGCACUAGAGAGGAGGGGGUGGCUCAUUAUAAACCUCCUGUUGGCAUCGUCUGUAUCUUGUGGUAUGUCGUUAGACUAGCUUCUCUUGAGUGCCUGAAGCGUACGACGUAUUUAAAGUUAGAUACAGAUCUUGGCCUAUGGUGUAUGUAUCUUAUACGCACAGUGGAACCUGACCCAGCAAAUAUUAGGUGGCAUGAUGAAGCUCAAAGCACAUUCUGCUAGGGGCUAUCCACUGGAAGCAUGACUUACCAUAGAGCAGCUUUCACUGUAUGUGGCAUUAACGUUUGUUUCCCCUCUGCGUGUCUGCUCCAUGUAUCUUACAUUUCCAAGAAAGGUGUGUUAACUACACGACAAGCCUCAGGUGGUCUAGUUAAGAUCCAGUGGAAGAUGCCACUUGAUACGAAUCUUUUAGCAACCAUAGCAUCCCUUGGUUUUGCUAACAGAUGAGGUGGGGACUGACGUGAAUCCUGUAGCCCCUUAGCUACAAGGGACACUGUUUCCAAUACCCCAUGAGGUCCUGCUCUCAAUAAACGUUGUUCUGAAACCA